UCAAUGGAAUUGGACAAUUUCAUCACACAUAUAAAUAUCGUAUAAUAUUCCUUUCUAAAUAUUACAUCUUUUAGUAUCGUUGUUUUUCAUGUUCCGAUGCUGUGAUGUUCUUUAGGUUAAUGUCGCGGUGUGUAAUUCCGUAGGAGGAUAAAUACAAUGAAAUUCAACAAAUUAGUAUCUUCCUCACGAAGGAAAAAUCGUAAACGUCACUUCACCGCUCCUUCUCAUAUACGUAGAAGGUUAAUGUCUGCACCUCUUUCAAAAGAGUUAAGACAAAAAUACAAUGUACGUUCCAUGCCAAUACGUAAGGAUGAUGAAGUACAGGUUGUUCGUGGUCACUAUAAAGGCCAGCAAGUAGGGAAAGUUGUGCAAGUAUACAGGAAAAAGUUCGUUAUAUAUAUAGAAAGAAUUCAAAGGGAGAAAGCUAACACAGCAAAUGUAUAUGUUGGUAUUGAUCCUUCAAAGACCGUAAUUGUCAAGUUAAAAAUGGAUAAGGAUAGGAAAAAGAUUAUAGACAGACGAGGUAAAGGCAGACUUGCUGCUUUGGGUAAAGAUAAAGGUAAAUACACAGAAGAUACCACGGCUGCCAUGGAAACUUCGUGAAUACUGAAAAAAUAUAUUGUAUUUGGUACAAUAAAAUAUUAAACUUAAAUGAAA